AGGAGGAAGUUGGUCUCACUGUAUUUAAUAUAAACUGCCAGAUUGAUUUUAAACAGUGUUCUUGACAUGGAACUUUUUUCCAAAAGAUUUUUUUUUAGGUUCUUUCAGCUCAGAUGCCAGUCAUUCCUGUGGUGCUGCAGAGCCUGGUGCUCUUUUUGUGCUAUGUGAUGUUUUCUCUGGAGACCAUCUUAUGCUUUGUUGACGUUGUUGAUGAAGGGACUGGGCAGCCUGCUGAUGAGCAAAGCUGCUCAUCAGACCUGGUGAUUGGCAGCAAAGUGAGAAGCUGGAAUACAGACUUUGCUUCAAUUUUGCCUGUUUUGCUGCCUGGGUCUGAGGAGUUUGUGAGAGGACGCAACUAAUCUUUUUGUAGCAGCAAAGAGUACACCUGCAAAAGGAUGUUUUUGCUGGAGAGAUGCUAAUCAGAAGAAAGAGCCCGCUGAUCUCUUUUGAGUGUAAGCAAGAUAUUGCAUGUGAGAUCUGGACUUUGUAGAAGCUGGUAACAUUGCUGAGGGUUUCAGGCAAGCCAGAUUCAGUGUGAUCAAGCUCCCUGACUGUUAGGCAGCAAGGAGGGCAUGCUCUAAGCCAUCUCACGUUUCUCCAUUGGUGGUGUUCAUGUUGUUCAGGCUCAUACUUAUCUGCCAUUAAGGACGCCACAGUGGAAAUUAGUUUGGAAUCAGUCCUGCAGCACAUGCUGGUAGGUAACAUGGAUUUCCAUAGUCAGAGUAUCCAUCAGGAAGUGGGUUCACCCAGCUGUUCAGGACCUCCCCAGAGAGGCCAAGACUUGACUCUGCAAUUCAAAUACCUCAUGGUAUAAUUUACACAUUAAUACUGAAAACUGUUUUUAUUCCUAGUCCUUAAAUGCUGGUCUUAGUGUAUAUCUUUUCAAGUAUUUUGUUUUUAUGGUGAACUGGAAGGCGGUAAGAAACGAGUCAAGAAAAGAAAUUGUAAGUGCAUUGCCAUGUGAAGUGACUGUGAGGCCUGUCUGUUCUGACCAUCACGUGUGGCUGGGAAAGCACUGCGCAGGCAGAAGUAGGGCAGGGUACAGAGUCCCUGUGGGAUGAUACUCAGCUGUGAGGGUCAGUGUGUUCAUCGGCUGGGGAAUGCUAGCACGCUUGAGAAGCUGACAUGUGUCAUCAGGAUCAAGCCACUGCAAGGCACUUAAGUUCACCUGUCUUUUCAGAUCAAGAUUCUCUGCAAAGAAAUGGUCGACGUUUUGAUGGUGGUGUGAAGCCCAAAUUUAUUGUAAAUCAAGCAGCCAUUACACAGGUUGUCAACUACAACUUGAGCAGGAAAGCACCGUGGGAAAGAACAUCCUGGAGACCGUUCACCUACAGCCACUACAGCCCUCUCAACGUUACAGUUAAUGGCAUCCCCUGCAUUCUCUUCUGGGCCAAGAGGAUCAUGAUUAAGUUUGAAAAUCACAUGCAGCUGGAUUUAACGGAGAAAACAUUCGGUGUCCAUGCAACAGUGGAUGUUGGAGAUUCAAAUUGCAGUGAAGACAAUGCAAUGCUUUCUCUGAAGUUUGGGGAUGUUGGCAAUCUAAAAGGACUCGUUAUUAGAUUCUUACUGACAACCAGCUAUUACCAGCUGUCUGUUCAGAACUGGUUCAGUUUACACAGCCUGCAACUUCUUUACAACCACUCCAUACAAGCAACAUUUAACGCAACCAGAAUACAUGCACCAGCAAGUUACUCCUACCAUUGUGAACAUGUGAGCAGCUUGCAGAGAUAUGAUGCCCUCCUCAUUCCCAGCUCUGCAAAUGAUCUUUCAAAGCUUUGGGAAGUCACUUUUACUGAUUUCCAGAUUCAAGGUUUUAACGUUCAAGAAGGACAUUUUGCCUAUGCAAAAGACUGUGCAUCCUUUUUCUCUCCAGCCAUACUUAUGGGAUUGGUUAUGUCACUGAUUCUGCUCCUGGUUCUUGCCUACGCUCUUCAUAUGUUGAUCCACCUGAAAUCUCUUGACAGGCACUAUGAAUGCAAAGCUUCUCCUGCCUAUUUUUCACAAGUGAAAGAUAAUGACAUAGGGGAUGAGAAAGAGCCACUGAGAAGCAAUGCAAAUGAGUCCUUUGAACUUAGAAACCAACAGUUCUGUAAAAUCUAUAUUUAGCAGUAUGCAUCUGUCUUGGUGAAACUAGUGGUAUUUUAAUUUACUGGCACAGUUGUAUGUAGUUUGUGCAGAUUUUUCACAAACAGAUGAAAGGAAAAGUACUUAACAGACUGUUUAGCCAGUUAAUGUCUGUUAUAUAUUGAUAAUCAACUCAAGUAUGCCUUGGGAAACAAGAUGAGAGAAAAAAAACAACUCCGUGUGAGUAAGAGAUGUCAUGUGAUGGGAGUUUAUUCCUGUAAUACAAAACCAAAUGCAUAUCUUUUCAGCCAACUUGACAAGUCCUGAAGAGACAAUCAGUAACAGAACUUUUGGAAUGAAAUAAAGAUAUAAAAACUUGCAAAAUAAAAUCUCUCCUUUUUUUUUUUCACAAGGCAAGAUUUUUUUCCUGGUUUUGUACCUGCUUCACUCACCGUGCUUUGUGUCUUGACAAAAUAGCAUCCAUUCCUUUCUCAGUAUCUGUUUUCCUUUUAUUUUCCAAAUUAUGGCCUCUGCUUUUUGUCCUCAUAGCCUAUUUUUUUUCCUUUGGAGUCUUCAGAGCCAAAUAAGCUGUGUAUUAUCCGCUACAUUGAUGAAGUAGUGAUGGCUCCAGUACAGCAGCAUCUCAAUCCUUUUCUCUGUCUAAGCUGGAGGCUUACUAUAAGAAUAUAAGUGGGAGAACUGUAGACAUCUGGUCAAAGGCUUACCCUUAACUUCCCGGCUCAACUCCACGCCAAAAGACGGAUUAUGAGCAUUAUACCUUGUAAUUCUAGGUUAAUUCUUUUCUAUCAAAUCCCAUCAGUCUCCCUUGGGAAUUUUAUGUGAAUGGAGGUAGCCAGCGCUAUAAUUUAAAAUGUAUAUAAACAAAGUGGUGGAAGUUCCCCAGCAAUGAAAAGGAUGCUGUGAUAUGAUUUUUCACUCUUCCUCCUGAGCAUUUGAGAUACUGUUGUCCCACUUAUCCUUACUUCUAUUAGAGUGAAAGUCUGGGAACUCCAAAUAAGCCUCUAAUUUGGCCCUGAUUUCUAGCAAGGAAGAAGGCAGUAAUGUACUAACUGUAGUGCUUAAGUUCACAAGUAAUACAAACCCCACUAUUUUAGAAAAUCUUUUGCAAACCCAGAUUUAGUAAAGAAAUGCCUUUAUUAUUUUAGAUAAUAGAUCUAACUAGUUGUUUCUAGUCCUUGUAAACUAUGUUGCAGUGGUAUUUAAACACCUUGAGAGAUUUCCAGGGAUCUCCUUUAUUAGCAGAGAUGACACACAGGCUGGACAUGGAUUGUGGAGCACUUGGUUGAUUUACGAAAGCACUUCAGAGGGAAAAGCCCUAGGCAUCUUUGAUCCAUAACCAGACAUAACAGACAAGCUUCUGGAGACAUGGCGAGGCUGCCUGUGGCCGGUUACUGCCAAGCGUUAUCUGUUUUACAAAGGAAGCAAGCAUAAACAUGAAUGGGAACCUGAAUGAGGGUAAAUGAGAAGGUGCUAAUACAAAUCACAGUAUUCUGCAUGGAGUGGCAGGACACGGGCCAGCUUUGUUCCCUCUUCUUACACACAGGCAUGAUGGAUUUAGGUUGAUGACAAUGUUGGAAGCAGUUUAGAAUGCCUGAGCUAAAUAGAUGAUCUUGCUCAGAGUCUCCAGAGCAGUAGUGUGCCUGUGUUCUGCUUGUCUGUCGGACAACAAAAACCUGACACCAAUCAGUGGUAGCCUGAUUGCCAAAAUUACCACCUUUAAUGAUGUAAAAUACCCACUCUACAGCAGUGUGUGCAUGAUAGCUUUGGGCAUGACAGUGCUCUCUAAGCCUGAUGUUUUCUGAGGCAAAGCGUGCUCAUUCGUCCUGCAGAGCUGGUUAGCAUCCAAUGAUGCUAUGCGUAUAAUCCAUUCCUAUCAGUUUCUUGCAUAUUUUAAACAGGCAGUAUUGGCACUGUUGCUGUAACAGGUUCUCAUGAGACUGAUAAACUGGGAAUAAGGGAGCUUCUUUCUAAUCAUGUCUCUUGCUCCUUUUGUCCUCCUAAAAAGCCUUCCCUAGCUAUGUUCUGACCCACAUAGGUUCCUCUUAUCUUAUCUUGGUUUGAGGGUGAAGUGGUAUCUGCUGGCUUUAUGGAUUCAACACUGCAAGUCUCCAGCAUGUGUCAGUACAAAAGUUUUGGUGCAGAAUUCAAGAGAUGGAUGGGGCCCUUUCAGCAGGAUUACACUUGAACCAAAAGAGGUGAAUUUAAACCUACUAUUUACAAGGCAAACUUCAGAAAACAAAGAGAGUGCAGGUAAAAAAAAAAUAGCAAAGAAAAAGAAAAUUCCUCUCCUUUUCUCAUUUUUUUUUCUAAACCAUAACACAAUUAGCACUACAUCCAGAGUCUUUUGUGUUGAGGAGUACAGGCAGUGCUUAUCUUCUCCGUGCUGGGGCUUUCUCUGUUGCAGUCUUCCCUGGCAGAGGCAGAUGAUUCUACUCCACCAGGUAUGCUCAUUGUCAUCACAUUUAUACAGGUGCCAGUGAGAGUUAGAAAGGAUAAAUGCACUACUUGAGUUAGAGAGGAAAUACAACAUUCAGUCAUAGAACUGGAAUUACGAGCCUUGUAUUUGUAAAGAGUUAAUGUAGCUUUGGUGAAAAACAGCACCAGAAGGAAAAAUCAUCUGUACAGCUUCUGUCUCUUUGUGUCACAUGUAAAAGCAAGCACACAUGGUUAAAAAAGACAAUGUAGAUUUUUGCGUUUUCUGUAGGCUGAGUUUUCUGUGAGGCAAACAAUCCUUAUCAAAUGCAGACUCUGGAACAACAGAUGCUUUCCAUUGCUCUGGUCUUGAAACAAAAAAAAAUUCAACUUAAAUUAAUUGCUUGCUACAAAAAUAAACGUGGCACCAACAGACUCAUUAAUAAAAGAUAACCCUUCUUAUAUGGUCCACAUUCUGCAUAAGAGAAUCACAUUGCCACGUGAGACCACAGCAGCCUUUUCAGCUUGUGUAAUUUCAUUCCAACAAAAGUCUUAUAGCAUCUUUUCAAAACUGAUAGGCUGUUUCAAAUUCAGGACCCCAUCCAGUCUCACUCAAAGUCAAAGGGAAGAGUCUAAUUUCCUUUAGCUGAAACAGGAUAAAUUUCAUGGACUUUGCAGUGCUGUCUGUGCUAUGGUAGCACUGAAUUGAACAAAUGAAUAAUUUGUUUAUUGUACAUUUCAGAUACUGUAGUUAAAAGCUGAUGUAAUUGCCCCUCACUCCUAUAUUAGGCAAUUUCACACUUGCAGACUACCAGUAUUUCAGUAUAUUAAUUUCAGUUGUUUGAACUAAAAUGGUGGACUGUUGGCAUAGUACUUGUUAUAAAUGCACAAGGAAUAAUCAAAGCCAAGGCCUCUGUGAGGACAGGGAGAAAAGCCUUGGGUCCACUAUUUCCAGACAGCCAGAAAAAAAAAGAUUUCUUUCUUUCCUGCAAGUUUUCAAGGACACUUAUAAGGCUCAGUUUGACAGGGUUCUGGGCCAUCUCAUUUAAACAAUAUAUCACCUAAAAUUUUGGGCCAGAUGAUCACUGACAUUCCUUCCAACCUUGCAUUCUCUGAUUCCACGAGUUUAAAAAUGGUGGCAUUUCCCUUCCCUCCUUUAAACAUUGACUCUUGCUGUGGCAGGACUGGUGUUUCUGGCCAUUGUUUGUUUUUUGUUUUAUUUUACACUGAGGGCUUGCAAAAAUCUGGAUGCAACCCUCAGUUUCAGAAGUUAUCCCCAGCACAGAAAGGCUGGGUGUUAGGUAAAAUUUUAGGCUAGUACAGAGAGAAAAAUUGCCUCUUCAGUCUUGAAAAGCUGUAUCCAACUAUGAGUAUCCAUAUCCUUAGCUGCUGUUGCUUCUUUUUCACACGCGCAGAAGACAGAAUUGGUGAAAGGACGAUUCCCAUGGGAGAAUCUUUACUCAGCAUCACCCUGAGAAGGUCUUCCAAUGGGCAACGCCAGGGCUUUGGGCUAUCAUUCAGGUUACUGUUAGUGUUUAUCUGCAUUAUAUCUUCUUAGUAAAUCAGGUAGUAGCAAUUCAGUCUUCAGUUCUCUCCGUGACUUCUGUCAUGACUCUGAUGUUCGCAUUUUUCAGAAUGGCUCUCUUCUUUACCAUUACUUGAAUAGUUCUUAAAGUUUUCUCCAUUUCCAGUAAACUAUAUGACAAAGCAUUUAACAGCUGUGUGAGGCAUCUUAAAUCAAAUUCAAAGGUUCUUAGCCUUAAUUUGUUUGCUGUUGUUACAGAACAAAUAUCCAAAACUACCUUCAGAGAUGCGCACACACUAUUAAUAGCCAGUUGUUUAAUAUGAAUCAUAUUAAUUGUAAGAAACUUUUCAUUAAAGUUAAGAAUUUGCCUCAUCUGAAGGAGCACAUCAAGAACUGUGACUUGUAUGUAGCCAGGUGGAUUGGGAUGAUGUGCUGUGUGGUCUUGCAACCUUGGUUUGCUCGCCAUAAUACAGUCAGGAGAAGUGAACACACUGAACAGCCAGUUUGAGAUCCAUCUUCAAGUCAGCAGGCACACCACUCAAGAGGACUCUGUUACUGCCCUCGGCCAGUGCUGCUCUCUGUCCAUCUGUCUGUACAGGUAAAGCCUCAUUGUGGAGUAGCUCUAAAUUCAAUGCAAAUUAAAAAUUAAAAUUAAAUAAAAAAUGUAAAUUUGAACUAAAAAAUAAUAUUAACACAUUUAAUGAAGGAAAAAUUUGCAUUGCCUAAAGGAGAGUGAACAAAGUAACCCACCUAAGAGGACUUGAACUUUACAGUAACGGUAUGUGAUGCAAAAAAUUCCAAUAAAUGUAAUCUGCUGUGUGUGUAGCAUUUCCCCAGGUAAGCUUGGUGUAUUUGCAGAUACCUCUGAACAUGAAGGCAGCAGAAGAGAGACAGAAGAAUAGCUAUGCCAGUAAUCAAUUUUUCCAGAAAGAUGUCUAUCAAUGCAGGUUUGGGCUGUGCGGGAAAACUCUGUUUUUCAUGAGAGUUGGUUUUAGGCCUCUAUGGGAACCUACAACAAAAGCUAAGGAAUUAUAUUAUGAGUUUUAGAUACUGGCUUAACCUCAGAGAAACACUCUGUUAACAUCAAGCCAUUCAUGAGAGAAGAAACCAGAAGAAAGUGCUAAGCAUUGCAUACAUAUUUUUAAUCUUUUAUUCCUUCAAGAUGAUAGCUUAUAAUUUGUCAGAAAUUGUAAUUUGUAACUUCUGAGUCAGUGGCAUAAAUUUGUUAAUGUCCAUCUUUUUUUUAAUGCCUAAUAAAGAGAUUAAAUUCCUGCAAGUUUUUGGAACAACCUUCCUAAACAUUUUGCAUCUACCUAAUUCUGAAUGCUUUUUCAGCACAAGUUUUGUAAUUUCAGUACAUCAGUGGGCCCUUUUCUAUCUACCUACGGAUUUGAAAUCAGUUAUUGUAAAUAAUUUUUCAGAAUGUAUGUAGUGCUGCUUGGGAACAUAAAAGACUCUUGAUUUAGAAUGGAAACUCACACUGGAUUCUGCAUACAGCUCUUUUUUUCCUGUUUAUUUAUCUUCUGUAUAAAUCUCUCCUCUUACAUACGCCAGAGCAUUUUUCCUUAAUACCAUGAUUAGAUGUUCCAUUUUCUGAACUAAAUUAUCAGUGCAUAUAAUCAGAGCAAAGUGCUUUACUCCAUUUAUUUCAUUAAAUCCUGCUAUAUGAGGCAGAGACAGAUUUUUCUGGCUUGCACUCAAAGAGCACCCUUGGAGCUGUAAGCCCUGUUAUUCCUCUAGGCUGGGAGAAAAAACAAGAACCCGAUUGUAGGCAAGUGCCAUCUUCCCACCCAUGACAUCCCCAGUGAAGCACUGCGCUGGGACACUGCUGCCUCUGGCUCCAUGGUCCAUCUCUGAUGAGUGAGCCGAUUGGCUAUGAAGCUGCCUCUAGGGACUGACCUCUACUUCAAGGCAAACUCCUGUGUAUCCAGCACUUGGAUGUUCUUUUAUUAAAGUAAGUUUUCCAAAUAAAGGACUUCUU